AUGCGCAAACCGGCCAGGUUUUUCAGCCUGGCGAAGCCUAAACUGCGACAGUCAUGGAACAAGUAUAACAUGUACAACAUCUACCGCAACGCCGCCAAAGAGCCAAUUAUUAGAGGUACACCAACCUUUUUCCAGCAGAAAUGGGCCGCGAAAUCGAGAACUCGCGCGUAUCACGGCGAGCACAUUCCCGAAAAGAAAUGGGUGCGCCUCUUCUCGCCGCGCCUACUGUCGGCAGUUGACAUGCCUCCCGAAUAUCUUGCCGCACACGACGGCUCUGAGCAGGCAGCCGGCCGUGGCUCGGGCCUGAGCACUUCCAACAUCGACGCGGGGGGAUAUUCGCGGGUCCCUGUGCCCCAGCUUCCUUUCAAGGUUAAAGCUAGAAACGCCGCCACACCCAACGACCUCAUUUCUAGAUCGCAUCACGAAAUGACUCCAUACAUGCAAAUGACAUUUGCCCCUCUCGAGAGAAGACUAGACACGGCCAUCUUCCGCGCCAUGUUUGCCACCAGUGUGCGACAGGCACGUCAAUUCGUGCUGCACGGCGCAGUUACGGUUAACGGCAAAAAGCUGCUGCAUCCUUCCUAUCAACUGAACCCCGGCGAUAUGUUCCAAGUCGACAUCGAGAAGGUCAUGUACGCCACGGGAGUACAGAAGUCCAAUAAGCACAGCCACCCGGGGCUGGAACAGAAACUUGCGCUCAGAAAGAAAGUUUCAGAGCGCGAUUACAUGGCCAAGGCUGAAAAACAGACACCUGUUUCAGAGGGCCAAGGCGAAGGCGAAGCGGCAGCCGAAGCUGCUGCUGCUGAGGUUGCUGCUGACGAAGGCGAAGUUGCUGAAGGUGAAGCAGCCCUGCCUGAACUAUCUGAGGAAGCUCACCGAAAAUGGCAACGAAAUGAGUUAAAGGCGUUUGUGCGACGCUGCAAGGCCCUCUUGGCUACUGAGGCCAGGAAUCUCACUGCCACAGAAAAACAGAGCCUGCGCCUGCUUCGAUCGGAUGCGAAGCGACUUCUGUCGCGCCCUCAGGAUAGCGAACUAGAUGUCUCUGAGUUGAUGCAAGAGCUUCAGCUUGUUAUCAAGAAUCAGGAAAUCCUAGCCAAGCUGGAUGGUCAGCAGACGUCUACACAGCAAGCCACGGCGACGGAGGGUGGCGAAGCUGAGCAGCAGUUCAGCCGGGAGAAACAAUAUCGUCAGACUCUGGACGGUCUCUCUGAGGAGCAAAAAGAACGUGCAAAGGAGAUUGUGGGCGGCGCGCGACUGUCCAACGACGAGAUGCGCAAGCUCAAGACGCUUUUGCUGGCCGACGAGGAGAACCCGGUGGACGAGACCAAGCCGUACGCGACGCCGUGGGCACCUCGGCCGUUUAUGGCAGCAUUUGCGUUCAUCCCCAGAUACCUCGAGGUCAACCACGAUCUUUGUGCCGCUGUCUAUCUACGACACCCGGUAGCAAGAAAGGGACGAGCCGAAGUGCCGACGCCAUUCAGCUACCUGACGAACCAGCUGGCUCACAACUGGUAUCUACAGCGUGGGUGA